AUGAACACAAAAUCUACAAAGGCAUUAGAUUUGGAUCUAAUUUUGAAAGUUUAUAAGCAUACAAACUUGGGCCUUCAAAAUAUGCAAAGAAAUUAUACUAAAGCGUUGGAAGCCCGUUUGCCUAAGGCACGAAUCAAAACACUUCUGCUUGAAACUUAUAAAAAUGGUUGCGCGAAAAUGAAAAACGAAAAAGAUAUAUUAAAAGCACAACUCUGGACGGCCACUGCGAAGUGUCAUGAGGUCAGGGAUGUGCAAGCGCUAAACUCUAUUAAAUGCUUCAUUGAAUGCAAUGCGGCGCUGGGCGAAGAAGUUCAACAAAUCAAAUUAUAUAUAACAAAUCUCGAGCAUAAGCUGAAAGUUAUAAAUAAAGAGAUUUGUCAUUUGCGAAUUGAACAAGGUGGAAAGAUUGGACAAGAUUUGGAAAAGGUGAAGAAGUUGUUGCACCUUUUGGAGGAUCAAUAUGAGAACCAGUUGCAAUAUGAAUGUAGACUAACUGCGCAAAGUGAGAAGCUACGUCGUAAAAUAUGUGAGCUGAUUAAUGACCGCAGACACUAUAACUCAUUUUACACCAGAUAUAUACAACAGCUAACUUCCGAAAAUAAAUACAUGACAGACUUGAUUGAUUUUGUUCUGGAUCAAAUUGAGAUGGGCAUAGAUAUGUUUGAAAAAUUAGAGAUGCAACAUCAAUCAAACAAAAUGGCUUUGGAGAAACGAAAAUAUGAAAUGGUGGCGAUUCAACGGUUCAAUAUGCAAUACGAGAGGAGACACAAAUUUCAAGAGCAAAAACUUGUCAAAAGAUCAUUAACAAAAAUUCCCGCCAAGGAGCUUAUGCGACGCGAAAUUUGUCGAAGCAAAUAUAUAAAGAAACUUCAUCUCUACAAUAAUGUUUUGAAAAAAAUAAUGGACUACUCCAAGGUGACGAGUAUUAGUCAACUUAUACGAAAAUUCCAAGAACAAGAAAAUCUCUACUAUUCUUUCAACAAUCACUCCAAUGAGCUCAGCUAUCGCAUAACGUUAUUAAACAACUCUGUUGCACGUCUGUUCGGCGAAAUACAAGAUCUGAAGAUUUUUAAUCGCAGCACGUUAAGGAAGCAGAACGACAAGAUAGAAAGUUUGGAAAAGGUUUUAAAAGAAAAACGUAAAAACAAUCAAAAUCUGAGGAAUAUGUCCAAUUCACAGGAUGAAAGUAUAGGAAAAUUAUUUGAGGCUAUACAAUUGAUACGCGAUCAAACUCGUACCGAUUUAUCUAUGCUUGCUCAUGAAUUCGACGAUCACAGAGAAAUCAAUAUUAAAACUAUGCGUGAGCAAAUGAAGUUAUUAGAAAAUCGCAUAUAUUCAAUAGUAUGUGUUAUGUACAAAAUCGAGAGUAAAAAGCGAAAAGCUGGCGAUCCAUCCGGUUAUCUUAUUAAAGAUAUAGGAAAACUAAUUGAGCGACCGACACUACUAAGCGAUAUUGUCUUGGCUACGCAAUGUGCAGAAUGUGCAGAAGGGGAUUCCAAAAAUUUGGAGGACCAGUGGACUGUUAAUAUAAUGCCUCCAAAACAGCUAAAAACAUGGGUAUCUGAGAAGGUGGUACAACCGGAAGUUCAAUAUCGUCUGCACAGUAUCAACCAAUGCCGUCUGACUAGAUCUCGUUCACGUCGUCAACACGAACAAGAAAGUAGUUAA